GGCCCGGGGUUGCCAUGGUAACCGGCAGCAGCAGCCGCCACAGCAGGGCCGGCCCCAGCGCCAGCGCCGGUCGCGGUCGGGCUCGACUCAGUGUGUGGUGAGCGGCGGCGGCGCGGCCGGGCCGGGGAGCGGGCGCGGCCCGGCGGCCUCAGCAUGGAGGACGGCUUCUCCAGCUACAGCAGCCUGUACGACACGUCCUCGCUGCUCCAGUUCUGCAACGAUGACAGCGCUUCUGCUGCAAGUAGCAUGGAGGUGACAGACCGCAUUGCUUCACUGGAGCAGAGAGUCCAGAUGCAAGAAGACGACAUCCAGCUGCUCAAAUCAGCUCUAGCUGAUGUGGUUCGGCGGCUGAACAUUACUGAGGAACAGCAAGCCGUGCUUAACAGGAAAGGACCUACCAAAGCAAGACCACUGAUGCAGACCCUGCCUUUAAGAACCACUGUCAACAAUGGCACUGUGUUACCAAAGAAAUCUAGUGGCUCUCUACCGUCCCCCUCCGGGGCCAGGAAAGAAACCGCUGUGCCAACAACCAAAAGAUUAAACAGAUCUGUGAGUCUUCUCAAUGCUUGCAAACUGAAUAGAUCGACACCAAGUAACAUCAAGAGGACCAGCUCUUCUGAACGAGUAUCUCCUGGGGGUCGAAGAGAAAGCAAUGGGGAUUCCAAAGGAAACCGGAAUCGCACAGGCUCUACCAGCAGCUCUUCUAGUGGCAAAAAGAACAGUGAAAGCAAACCCAAGGAGCCUGUAUUCAGUGCAGAAGAAGGCUAUGUAAAAAUGUUUCUUCGUGGACGCCCUGUUACCAUGUACAUGCCCAAAGAUCAAGUGGAUUCUUACAGCUUGGAAGCAAAAGUAGAACUUCCAACCAAGAGACUCAAACUGGAAUGGGUCUACGGGUACAGGGGUCGAGACUGCCGUAACAACCUGUACUUGCUUCCAACGGGAGAGACCGUCUACUUCAUCGCGUCUGUGGUGGUGUUAUACAAUGUGGAGGAGCAACUGCAGAGGCAUUACGCUGGCCACAACGAUGACGUGAAGUGCCUAGCAGUUCAUCCUGACCGGAUCACGAUAGCAACAGGACAAGUCGCAGGCACAUCGAAGGAUGGAAAACAAUUGCCCCCACAUGUGCGCAUCUGGGAUUCUGUGACAUUGAAUACUCUCCACGUCAUUGGAAUAGGUUUUUUUGACCGAGCAGUCACCUGUAUUGCAUUCUCAAAAUCUAAUGGAGGAACCAAUCUCUGUGCUGUGGAUGACUCCAACGACCAUGUGCUCUCUGUAUGGGACUGGCAGAAAGAAGAAAAACUGGCGGAUGUGAAGUGCUCUAAUGAAGCUGUGUUUGCUGCGGAUUUCCACCCCACGGACACCAACAUCAUAGUUACCUGUGGAAAAUCACAUCUCUACUUUUGGACACUAGAAGGAAGCUCCCUUAAUAAGAAGCAAGGAUUAUUCGAGAAACAAGAAAAGCCAAAGUUUGUCCUCUGUGUGACUUUCUCUGAAAAUGGUGACACCAUUACUGGAGAUUCGAGUGGCAACAUCUUAGUAUGGGGAAAAGGUACAAAUCGAAUAAGCUAUGCAGUUCAAGGGGCCCAUGAGGGUGGCAUUUUUGCACUUUGUAUGUUAAGAGAUGGCACACUGGUGUCGGGAGGUGGGAAAGACCGAAAGCUCAUUUCUUGGAGCGGGAACUAUCAAAAACUUCGUAAAACAGAGAUUCCAGAACAGUUUGGUCCAAUACGUACAGUGGCCGAGGGGAAAGGCGAUGUGAUCCUGAUUGGCACAACUCGAAACUUUGUCCUGCAGGGCACUCUGUCAGGGGACUUCACACCCAUUACUCAGGGUCACACUGAUGAGCUCUGGGGACUGGCCAUCCAUGCCUCAAAACCUCAGUUCUUGACCUGUGGGCAUGACAAGCAUGCCACUCUCUGGGAUGCUGUGGGUCACCGUCCCGUCUGGGACAAAAUAAUAGAGGAUCCAGCUCAGUCUUCUGGUUUUCAUCCUUCAGGGUCUGUGGUUGCAGUCGGAACACUCACUGGGAGGUGGUUUGUGUUUGACACAGAAACAAAAGACUUGGUCACCGUUCACACAGAUGGAAAUGAACAGCUCUCUGUAAUGCGAUACUCACCAGAUGGGAAUUUCUUAGCCAUAGGCUCGCAUGACAACUGCAUUUAUAUAUAUGGUGUCAGUGACAACGGGAGGAAGUACACACGAGUGGGCAAGUGCUCGGGUCAUUCCAGCUUCAUUACUCACCUGGACUGGUCUGUAAACUCGCAAUUCCUCGUGUCAAAUUCCGGAGACUACGAAAUCCUCUACUGGGUUCCCUCUGCCUGUAAGCAAGUCGUAAGUGUGGAAACUACGAGAGACAUUGAAUGGGCUACCUAUACCUGCACUUUGGGAUUCCAUGUUUUUGGAGUGUGGCCAGAAGGCUCAGAUGGAACCGACAUCAAUGCUGUCUGUCGGGCCCACGAGAAGAAACUCCUGUCAACAGGCGACGACUUUGGCAAAGUGCACCUCUUCUCAUACCCCUGCUCGCAGUUCAGGGCUCCGAGCCACAUCUACGGCGGGCACAGCAGCCAUGUCACCAACGUCGAUUUCCUCUGUGAAGACAGCCACCUCAUCUCCACGGGCGGGAAAGACACGAGCAUCAUGCAGUGGCGCGUUAUUUAGUCCCCCCCGAGAGCUGUGGGGAGCAGCAUGGCAAGGAAGACACAGACUCACAUUACCCUUGGUCACUGUGAUUUCUGUUUUGUUUAAAAAAUUCUUACAAACCUCAGGAAAACUGGGCCCUCCGCCGGCUACCUUAGCUUAGUGCGCCAGCGGGCGCCACAGCGGAUCAGUGGUUCCGUGUUCACUUUUGUUGUACAAUAUAUGACACAGUGCACAUUGAAUACCAACAAGGUUCCAACGUUUACAUUACAGCGACAUCAACAGAAGUAACUGGUAUAUUCUUAGUAACUUUUCUAUGAACUCUUCAAAAAUGGUCACAGAAUGCCUUUUAAAACAUUGUAUAUAGUCUUCACUGUUUCACCAUCUAGCUUGCUAAGUCAAAUAUUUAUGAUGAUAAUGAGGUACUGAACCAUGAUGGCUGUUGAGGAAUUGGUCCUAAAAGGACAGAUCACUUAAGAAGAGUGAAUAACUGAUUUGCACGGCUGAAUCAGGAGACGCAAAGAUGAGACUGUAUUUGGUUACAUUUUCCAAGGUUUCCUUACAUUCUCCCUUGGGGAGGCUGUGAGAGAGGGCUUGUAUUCCUCUUGUGCUAAGCAGAUUCUACUCCUAAUUGACUUAAAUAUUUCAGCAGGGUACACAGGCGUUUCCGAGUUUCAGUGACACCGUCCUGCCUAACCGGAUGCGGUCAGCCUCUUCACACCCACCUGGCUUGCAUCCCCCAUCCCUUGUUCACACGCCCUGAUUCACGGUGAGAUGUUUUGCCACCUUCUUGUGUAUAUUACUUGGCAUGAGAUGAUACUGUACUUGUAUAGGAUUCUAGCAACUCAUAAUAAAUAUGUCAGACUAGGCUUUACUGUCUUAUGCUUAUGGACGUUGUAUAUUUGUAUUUUACGACCAAGUAGACCAAGUCAGAAAGAUCUCUCUCAAGCGUACCGUAAACCUGCAGACAGAGGUCCCGAAGGGCUCCACCAGGUGCCAGGGCAGCUGCUUUUCCUGUCUUUUGUGCAUGGGCGACUCAUUAGAGUGUGAGACCAGAUCGAGUUUCGAUGCGUUAAACGGAGGUGGCAGAAAUUUGUCAAGAAGGCCUUAUCCAUUUCGAUUGUGUGACAGAUUGAAAUUUAUUGUUUACAUUGGGGAAUGUAUCUCAAAUUUUUAAAUAGAAGAGUAAUAAACAGACUUUAAAACAAAUAUUAAGAUUUUUACUCAUUCUAGGCAAGCAAAUGAAUGGAAUUAUCUGAGCUCUAUGGCACUGGUUGUUUAGAGUGGCUGAUUAAGUGCAACUUUCAGAAACAUUUUUGAUGGCAUCACCAGCCUACUGCAGAAGUGCAGGGCACCAGUAAACACCAUGUAUUAUUGAAGAUGAAUCUGUUUGUAUGUAUCCUUGUCAAAUAUAUUCUAUAAUGAAAUAAAAUCUGAAAAGUGGAUUUCUUAUUGACCUAUAUUUAUGAAAGCAUAUAAAUUAAAAUAUUUAAAGUUAGAUAUGAUUCACACUAUGUUCUGUUUCAUACGCAGAUUUUGUUCUCACCUAGGCCAUUUGCAGGUGAGACUGUAGUUUGCAGGUGAGACUGUAGUUUGCAGAUGAGACUGUAGUUUGCAGGUGGUGUGGAAACAUUCAUCAGGGGAGAUAACUAUAAAGGAUUUGGCCUAUUACCAUACUCAAUUGUCAGUUUAUGUGGUUUUGUGAAUACUGGCAAAAGCAAUUGUUUUUCAAUUAACAAUGGAGGGAAUGAUAAGAUGAGGGAAGGAAAAGGCAUUCAUUAUUGACUUACAUGUCAGUAAGGUCUACUUUUAUUUCAAUGCACUCCUAUUUUCCAAGCUUAAUAAUAGACAAAGGAUAAAAAAAUACACACACAAAUAUACUAUUUUAGAUAUAUGUACUAUUUUAUAUAUAUGCAAACUACUAUAGCUCUCUUUAUAAUGAAUUAAUCAUUUUAUGAAUGAAUGAAUGAAUUCGAUGGAUUUAAAA